AAGCGCUACACGCAGUCGCAGAAGGACGUCAUGGCCCUCUACCGCCGCGGCCUGCGUGCUAUCCGGAGCAAACCAGAGGCAACGCGCCCCAACUUCCACGCCUAUCUGCGCCACGCCUUCCGGCAUCCAUCCAUGGGCGGCGGCGUGCGAGCGCGCGACUUCUCGGCCAUCGACUACCUCAUGCGUCGCGGCACUCGCAUGAUGGAGGAUGUGUUUGAGAGCCGUGGCGUCAAGGACAUUGGCUUGCCG